AAAAUUCGUUGGUGAAAGAUAACGGUAUCAACAUUUAGCAUUCGGCAGACGUAUCGGCCAUUUAAGAGGGUAGCCUAAAGUCUUCUCGUCCGUCUAUUUUCGACGAGAACAGGAAGAUCAUCCUCUUCCACUCGAUCGUCGUGAGUACGCUCGCGCAUGCUCUUCGAGCGUGGUGGAACGCCUCAUCUCACGAAUAACGCCCUUGUGUUCGUUGUAAAUACGAAUGCCGAAUGCUUGCUACCGAAAAUAAUCACGCGACGACGGUGCUGCGAUUUCAGACCGUUUCUUCCGCGACUCUCUUGACGCCGCCAAACGUAAAAAAUGCAUUCCCAGCGAGGGCCUUCGAAGUACUCCAUGUAAGAUCUAUCGAUACUCCGUCCAAAUAUACGUAAUCGUAAAUAAAAAAUUCUAACCGAUCGUACGCGUAAAUUGGUGCAAAGUGAAUGACUACAAAGUGAAUUGAACGGGACUCAACGGUACAGGGCAUUAGUCAGUGCUAUCUUAUUUCUUCGAUACAAAUACACUUUGCUGUUUUUCAAUGGAAAGAAGCUGUCAUGUGACAGUCUCUCGAGUUAAAAAAAUCUUGUGUCUAAUGGUGGAAUGUUAACGCGGUGGUAAUUGCAACUACGUCCGUGAUUUCCGUGGUGAGUUCUUCUAAAUUUAGAUUAAUACGACAUACUUAAAAUAUUACGAUUAACGAGACGGGAGGUGUUAAACGUACAUGUGAAACCAGUUUGCGACUAAAUGGCUGACAAUGUCGAUGAUCAUCAGAGGAUCGAGAAAAAGUUCGAUCGAUCGUGCUCGAGUCGCAAUCGCGAACAAAGGGUGGCACCCAAACUGAAAGACAAAGUGGAGGAGAGCCAGUUACCUGCGCCUCCGCCAGAUCCAUGGGUGAGCCCUUGGUGCGUGCAGAAUACGCGAAACCAGGCCGAAGCAACGCAGCCUCGCAGCCUCGAAGAGGACGACGAUAUAAUCGCGUAUCUGACGGACUUUGGUAUGCCACCUCACGAAAGUCAAACUUCGGAAUGUCCCUCGAGGAAUUCCGCGACCUCCACUAUGGCCAUCUCGAAUCUUUGCAUGGAUGACGCGUUCGAACAUCUGGACCGCCUUUACGCUUUCACGGAACAGAUUCUGGAGCUCAGAAGUCGCAGUUCGAAGUUUUUCAAGCGGGUCCGAAACCUGGAGAAGAUGAAGGUGCUUCGCAAUGCGGAUCGCAGAUUGGAAAACGUCUUUGCACGCGAUAAGGACACGAUUAAUGACAUUUGCGACGAAGACACGGGCUUCGCGGAAUCGCUGUUGGACGCCAUGCUGUCAAAUUGCAGGGAUCCUCUGUUUCAGAGACGAUACACGCGAUCGACCUCCAGGCAAGCCAGGAGUAAAUUCGAUGUCGAAAAACAGACAUCGGUGGAUGAAAUCGCUGGAAGCGCACCGAAGGUUUCGAAGUGGACCAGGGUGAAAGCUGCAUUCAAGUGGGAAAGAGCUUGUACUAAUGACAUCGUGGAAGGGAUGGAUACAACUAUGACAGGCUCAUUGUCAACUUCGGCGAAGUAUCAUAGAAAUUUGGAUACUGACGUUGCUGAAUCGAAUAGUACCCCUGUUUCACCAUGUACUAAUGAGGCUAGUGAUAUAGGAACGCCUUUUGGUAGAACUUCAUCUGCGUCCUCAUCCAACGAAGGAUCUUACGAUUAUUUACAGAGAAAUAUUUCAAAUCAUUCAGGAUGUCAAUCUUCGAAAUUAAAAACCGAUAAAAAGAUAGAUUGUACUAAUCAGAGGAGUCAAUCUCUUGAUGGUGACAUCGUCACCUUGAAUAAUGACGGAGAUCAUAACAUUAUGAAUAUGGGAAAACCACUGAUACGUGUAACAUCCGAGAAGAAUCAUCCAAUGCAUUCCUUGAACAAAAUGGACGAAAGGGAUACAGAUUCGUCGUCGAAAAGAUUCACUCCGACCCUAACGAUUACAAUACCUUCGCACGAAGAGGAAAUGAGGUGCAUGUCUUCGCCGGAUUCGAGCUCGCCACUUCCGUCCAGUGCACAUACUUCCGGUGGAAAUUCUCCGCAACCCAGGAAAAUACAUAGAGAAUUCUCUAUGAAUAAAGAUUUUAAACGACAGCUAUCAACCAACGAAGACUCCACAACGCGAACGCCAAAAACGCAGAGGCAGAACUCGAAAUGGAACAAAGUCAGGCGCGCAUUUUUGACAAACUCUACCCUCAGCGUUCCACCCAACCUCAUCAGAGUUGUCUCGAGACAAAUGCUCCUUCAAGACGGACUGGAAGCAUCAUUGGCCUACGGGUACAGCAACAGCACAGAGGAUCUUCAAAAAACACCGUUAACCGCCGAGACUCGUCGAGAUUAUCGAGCUCUACGAGAAAAGUUAGGAGCUGAAUUUCAUCGAAAGUUAAUUGAAUGGGAACGUUUAAAGAACUUGUCACCCCGCGUUGCGAAAGAUUCGCGAGAGAUUUCUUCUAAUUUGGUGACUCCACGGGAAACCUUGCCGUCCGAGGAAAGAUUAGCGCCAGAAUUCAGAAAAAAGCUUCAAGAUUGGAAACGUACGAAAAAAGAUCGACGAGGAAGCGCUCCUUUCGAGCAACAACGUCUCAAUCGUCGUCGUUUGACAGAUUGGCAGCUUUGGAGAUCUCCCUCGAAAUCCGAGUACAGAAAUAAGGAACGCGGUUGUUACGAAGAGAAUACCGGCGACGUGAAAUCGCAUCUUGGCGAAGAUUUCGUGCGAAAAAUGGAAAUUUGGAAGAAAAUGAACGAUUCGAGUAAUCGUGACGCGAAACAUUCGCAAUUGAAGUCGAAUCGACUUGGAAUUUCGUCUGAAAUUGACGAAAGCGAGUUUCUAGCCUUGGAGAGGGUAGUUUCGCUUUUCGACAGUGAUAUCGGUAGAGGAAGACGAGGAAGUGAUGCCCGACGAUUAGAUGAAUGCUUUGACGGAGAUUUAAGGCCGUACAUCGAAGGAACGCAAAAUGCAAACGAUACCAACGAAGUCUUAAUUCGAACAUCCGUUGGAUCCUAUCGAUUCGAGGGUAUUUCACGAGAAUUCACUAGAAAGUUAUAUGAUUGGGAAAGAUAUCGAGGAAUAUCACCCACAUCCUCCACUUUUCGCCUCCUUGGACCUGCUUACGAUUCAUUUACUAGAAACUCGACUAUCGAAACGUCGACAGUCGAAUUACCAACAACGAAAGUUGGAAACGAUGAACCAUCGCUGUUUAAAGUUACUGCUUUGAAAAGAUCGAAAUCCACGGGCAGUCUGAUGGAAACUGUGCGGGAUGAAUUUUUCAUACGUCGUUCAACUAGUUUGCAGACGUUAGGUCAUGCGGCAAAUAGAUUGAAGGAUAAUGAACGUAUUGACACUUUACCAGCAUCCAUCGAUUCACAAAGAACGGAAGAUAUAGCCGACAUCGUUAUGGACGAUUCCGAACCGGAAGCGAUGAUCGUCGACAUCGAAGACGUUAUCGAGGAAACUGCAAGUCCUUUAGAAAGAGUUCAACCACAUCAGACACCCGUGUACUCGGUUGCAGCAAGCGAAACAACAAGUAUCGCUGUACCACUCGGAACAGUUACUUCCAGUCACGAACCGUCUCCGGUGUUCCUGAUCGAAAUCGAGGAAACCGAAGAGCGAAUGCACUGGGAGUCGAAAAAGUGGAGAAGGAAAAGUUUCUCGAGCGAGGAUAGUUUGAGCACCGAACACUCCGAGAAGACGAAAAUAUGGAACAACAAGAGGAAUGUGUCUAACGAUGAUAAUGUGGAUUCGGAGCGAUCUUCGAUCACGGAGUCACUGAACGAAAACAAGCAUUGUCUGCUCAAUAUGGAGUCGUUCGAUCGAAAUUUGGACAAAGAUUCGAUUAAGUCUGAUAGCUCAAUUUAUUCUAUAGAAUUAGAUCAGAAGUAUAAAAUUGCGGGACAAUCGAGUGAGAUGGUUGAAUGGGAUCAGAGCGAGAGGGAAGAAAUUUCUGUACCAUCCGACGGAGAUAGUGGAAUCACUGUGACAAAGUAUGAGCCUGAAGGGACAGACGAAAUCAGCCACGAAAGGAAUCUUGGAAAUCAUUUCGCUGCGAGCAUAAAAGAGAUGAUGGACUUAUCGAGCAACAAGAAGCACGAGCAAGAUGGCAGCCGUGGAGCUGAAAAUGAUAGAAGCACCGAUAAUGGAAAGGACGCGAUUGAGGCUAAGAUGAAAUGCGACAACGAAUAUGAGGAAAUAGGGAUAAGUCCCGUCAACCUCCGUUGCUGUUCCUCGACAGAUGUGCAGCCAAAUUACAGCAAAGAAUAUGCAGAUACUUUACCGGAAUCGGUAACCAAGUGUAAACUGGUUUUAGACGAAACCAAGUACCCUUUGUCCGAAAUGGGUCUCCGCCGAGUAAACCGAGACGACGAACGUUUCAACAAGCACGAAGAAAACUACGGGGUGAUCAGAGACGAGGUGCACAAUCAAACAGGACAUAAUCUCUGCAAAAUGAAAUCAAAUCUCCUAAACUACAAACCACUCAAAUCGUACGAGGAUCACGAAGAACAAGGUAGUUGUACAAAACCAGUUGCAACGACCGUACAGUCGGAAACCAGAGAACAACAAUAUCACAAUUUCGAAAACGUGCUAAGUUCCGUAAUGUUGCGUACAAAUUCGUGUAGCAGCGAAUAUCACCGUGAACCGACGAUCAAAACUACACCGUGCACGGUUGCACCCUGUCGCGAAGAGCGUUGUUUCAAAAGAAUGAUCAUUAACGAAGAAACUUUGAACAAAAUAGUCGUACCUACAGCCAGCACUGGUUGCAUAGAAAAAUCUAAAGACGCGAAACCCGUACAAGGUUCUUCCGAAGAUCAUAAUAGAUCAAACACCGAUCGCGAACUUUCCAGCCAAGAAGGAGCUGCUAAGAAACGAGUCUCUCCAAGCCGAAACGUCUUCAUCAAAACGAAACGCAUAAUAUUUUCCCCGUUCCGACGCGUCGAAGACUCUGUCAGAAAAGAAAGUAUCGAGGAGGAUCAGCCGCUCUCGAUAAAAAGCAAGAGUAAAUCCAGAUCGGCGUCUCCUAAGAUAAGUCGACACGACGGGCUGUUACGAAUGUCCCUUUCGUUACCGUGGCCUCUGCGACCAUCCUCGAAAGAUCGCGAGCUGAGGGAAACGAAAAUCAAAGAAAAUGAUAAAGUGGAGAAAACAAUAGCCAGGAAAGAGAAUUCUGAGCGAUGCAAGUCAGUGGAGAGCACGAGGAAAUCGAUAACCGAAAAAAACCAAACGAGAAAUUCGUCGAUCGAAUUGACUGAAAGCGAGUCGAGACAGUUUUUCGAACAGAAGAGUCAACGAGUAAGCGUUUCGGUGCAAGCAACGCCGGAUCAACAGGAUCAGACUGUUCGAUCUAUUAGUUCGUGCAUUUUGAAGAACGACGAGAAGAAAUGCGAUGAUUCGAAAUUCGAUCCGAAUUCCUCUGAUCUCAUUCAUAAAUUGAAUAUCCUGUCUAACGUGGUGGCGAGAAGAGACGGUCGAACGAUCUCCGAGGAAUCGUCUGUCGAGUCACAUUCUUUGAGGAUACGUCGCGCGAAAGAAGACUUCUUGUCCCGUCGCGGUGGUCCUUUGUGUCAUUCCGUGCUGGAACCCCGAUCGUUCAAGAGUUACGAGUUUCCGAGAACGUCUGCUUAUCGUUGCGAGGAAAUUUUGGAAAAGCAACCUGAGGAAAAUGAAAAAUUGCCGGUUACGAGUCGGGAAGAAACAAGUAAGUGCGAGACACGAGAGAAGAUGAACGAGAAGAAGAUGGAGUUUUUCGGAAAUAAAUAUGAGUUGGAUAAUUCGGUUUCUCGACCUGAUCGCGUAAAAUCUGCCAGUGUUGGAAUGAUAAACGUGGAUCCUGACACUUUUGUACGACUGACGGAGACCAAUCGGGGAUGCGAGUCUCUUCCGAGAUCGAUCGUGAAACAGCAAGAGCCUUUAGGACCACUCGCGAAAAUCGUUAAUAAGCUUAAGUUUACGAAAUUGAUACGCAGCAAAGAUAUCGAGGUGGGGAAUAUGAGUACAAUUUCGAAACUGUGCAGGCAAAGCUUGUUGAUCGACGUUCGAAAUGAUUUUGAGAAAUUUCGACGAGGUAAUGAUCGGAGAGGAAUUUCGUCAGACAAUAUCAACCAAUUUAAGAAGGAGGGAUGAUUACAAUUUUCAAAUUGAAACGAAUAAGAUUCAUAUUGAAUACAAUGCUAAAAAUUUGUAGGUAAUGCGUACACGUGACAAAUCGGAUAAAAUUUAAGUGUUUAGGUAUUGUAUACACACUAAUUAUAAUUAUGAGUAGUAAUCGCAAGAAAUAAACAAUUUGAAGCAAU